GACCCGCGGGUGGCUGUUUCCGUCUGGUUUUCGUGGGCUGAACUGAACACGAGGCUUUCUAUUAGUCGCGUCGAAUAAAUACCAAUCUGGAUUAUUUCAAGGAUAUUUUAAAACAGUUUUAAGUAAAAAUUAUUGUGUUUUUUAAAUUAUAUAAAUCAGCCUCGUUAAGAUUAACUUAGAAAAAAAUUACAAUGGAGGACUCGUGGGAUGCGGAUAAUAUUGAUGCAAAAUUAGAAAUGACCUUACGUUCAAAUAAAUGGGAAGGUGAAGAUGAAGAAGAAGAAGUUAAGGAUAGUUGGGAAGAUGCUGAUGAGGAAGAAGAAAAAAAAGAUGUAGAAAAACCAGCAGAAGCACCAAAACCUAAAGCUAAACCGAAGAAAAAAGUAGCUGAAAAAAUUGAAGAGCGAGAGAGAAAAGCUCGUGAAGAAGCUGAAAAGAAAGCUAAAGAGAAGGAAGAAGCAAUGACACCUGAGGAAAGGAGAGCUGAGCAAUUAAGGCGACAAAAAAUGGCUGAGGAAGCUGAUCUACGACUGGCGAUGGAAACUUUUGGCGUCGCACCUGAUGAUGUACUGAUACCAGACACUAAAGAAGAAUUUGAACAGUAUGCUGAAUCAUUGCUACAUCAAAUCAAUCUGUACAAGUCACAUGCUGAAUAUCCUACAUUUGCUGAGGACUUAAUAAGUCGUAUAGCUGUUAAUUUACCAUCAAUUAGUUUAAAGAAACUUGGUACAGCAAUCAACAAUUUAGCCAUUGAAAAACAAAAAUUAGAAAAAGGUGAUAAAGGAAAGAAGAAUAAAGGUAAAGGCAAAGCUAAGUUAAAAUUGGAAGGAGAUAACACCCAUCUCAAUGAGUACGACAGUUAUACUUACGAUGAUAAUUACGACGAUUUUAUGUAGCGGCCGUUAUUCAUUUUCACAAUUAUAUUGGAUUAUUCUAUAUAUACAAAUGUUGGAAUAAUAAAUUUAAUAACAAUUAUUCAUUGGCAAUUUUGUCGGAUAAAUUAAUGUGUUAUUUGAAUGAGAACUAUAUAUAUAAUGAGAACAAUUAAAUGUGUGUAUAAACGGCGGCAAUUAUUAUUAAAAAAAAAAACAUUUUUAAAUACUUGUUUUCUCAAAAUGUUUGCUCGUUCAUUUUUAUUAUUCAUUUUAUUAACAACAAUUAUAAUAAAUAAGGUGAUUAAGGUGUGCAUACUGUUCUGUUUGUUAAUAAAACGUUAUUAAAAUAUUCGUUGAUGACUGGUAUUAAGUGCGCAUAUUUCUAAAUAAAGGUUGAUCACAAACUGAA